CGUUUAUAUACAUGCGUCAUUGGUGGCUAUACUGGCUAUUUGAUUGGGAACGUGUUUAUUGGCCGCGGUAGAAGAUAAGUUCGCGCUAUAACAUACACGCACGGAGCCUGUAGUCUAGGGUGGACAUUAAAAUAGCUUGUCAAACGGAAAUCGGGAAAUGCUUUGCAGAGCUAGAUGUUUGUUAACUGUGUCCCUAGUAUCAUUGUUAUUUGCGUUUAUUUUGAUAUCGCUGUCGAGUAGAGAUCCCGCCUAUUCAACAUCGUCCACACUUUUGUACGAUGACAUUCCGAUCAACCUUAAUGUACAACGAAAAAUAUUGCAAAGACGUGAAGAAACCACCAUAAAAAAGACUCCUUGUCGUUCGCUUCCUGAUUAUUUAAAACACAAAAAGAUCGUACUUGAUCCAAAGAUCAUCGAUGGUGUUGAUACCAUGUUGAUGUUUAUUGGUUACCCGAGAAGUGGGCAUACUCUGAUUGGCUCAUUGAUAGACGCACAUCCAAAUAUGGUCAUAGCAAAUGAAUAUAAUAUUUUAGGCAACUGGGAGAACUAUACAACCGAACACCGUAACAGGCAGUAUUUGUUUGAACAGCUUUAUACCAACAGCUAUAACGAGGCUCACGAAGGGGACAGGUCGUCUAAAGAUUGCCUUCCUAAGACUAAAUACAACUAUUUGAUCCCAAAUCAAUGGCAGGGAAAAUUUAAUGGAAAAAUAAAGAUUAUUGGUGAUAAAAAAGGCGGUAAGACGACAGUAUUGUUGCAACGUUCUGAAAAAUAUUGGUCAUUUUUGCAAGAAAUACAGGAGACAGUACAUAUUCCAAUAAAAUUUAUUCACACCAUCCGCAAUCCAUUUGACAAUAUUGCGACAAUGUUGUUACGUCGAGAAUUUGGAAACAACUUAAACUGGACAGAGAUGUAUAAAAAGCCUUUAAAAUUAUCAAAAAAUAUGUUGAUCCAGUACAUUCGCUAUCGCAUGAAUUUGGCGACGACAAACGCACGUUUUCUACAAUCGUUUCCCGAGCGGGUAUAUACAUUGAGAUCAGAGGAUGUCGUCACAAACCCGGAGCUUGAAUUACUCAAGAUAUGCCAUUUCCUGAACAUCGAAUGUUCGGAGAAAUAUAUCAAGGAUUGUACCAGCAUUGUUCGCAGGAGUGUAUCAAGAUCAAGGAAUGCUAUUGUCUGGGAUAUGGAAAUUAAGGAUAUUAUGUUUGAUUAUAUGAAAAAAAUUCCUUUCUAUAAGGAUUAUAAAUUUCAUGAAUGACAGGCGAUUUGCGUUCGAAUUUCGAAAGUCACUUUUUCAUUAGAAAAAAAAUACAUUACCAUGCAAAAGUACUGACAUAAGUAAAAUUACAAAGUUUGGUUGCAAACUUUGAAGGGUUGAAAAUCGUAACAGUUUUAAUAAAUAGGGAGCUUUAAGGACGUUUUCCACUUCAACUCUGUUGUAGCGAAACGUAGCAUAUUUCAUUGUUUUAAAGUCAUUAGUUCUGGUCGAAUACUCUACUGGCGGAUCUAGGGGUGUGCAGAAUAAAUUACUACAGCUAUAACUCGAAAUAGCAUUGGUAGAUUCUAAUGAAAAAUAUUCCUUUCAAAUCUUAUAACCAAUAGCGUUGUUAUU